AUGUCUAGCAAGUUUGAAUCUUCUUUUCCGCGGCGAAGGCCGAGUGAGACGGGCGGAGGUGUUCACGGCGCCUCUGCGCGAGGUUCUAACACCAGUUUGGCCGAUCUGGUCGAUUCCCGCCUGGGUUCUCCGAUAGGAUCCUUACAGUACGAUAUGGGGCCCUCUUUGGAGGAUGGGUACAAGGACGAAAUAUGGGGCUCUAACUCAUACUCGGAAACUGCCAGCACGUUUUCGGUACCGCAGGUGUCGUUGGACGUUCCUGUUGUGCCGUCUCUGGGGCUUGUUGAUGACCCCAUGCAUUAUUUAAAGAACCAGGAGAUAGUGGUCGUUUCAAAACUUCUGGAGACAAUAGAGAAUCACAGGCGCAAUCUCCAAAAGGGAAGCAAGCGUGUGAAGCGUGAUAGACAGUCACUGUUGUCUUUGUUUGCCGAAUUGAACCAGAUCCACCAGGCAAUGAAGGAAAUAUACACCACAGAAAAACAUAACAAGAGCGCCGUGUUGAACAACUUCCAGCGAUGGGAAACAAAAAAGGGCCAGCUGUUCAGCAAGAUCGACGAGAUCCAAAACAACACUGUCGAGGGAGCCACGUAUAAAACUUUGUUAACAGAAAGCAACAAGAUCAACUCGGAGAUUAAACAGCUGGAGGAGAAACUACAGUCGAUGAAACAGAAACAGAAACAGGUGAACCAGCAACUACGCGAAUCCAAAUCGUUGCUGGAUAUCAAGCUGAAUACAUAUUAUGACUCGUUGAACCAGCUAGAGUCCAAAGAGUUUGUGGAGAUGGAAGCUCUUCAAUCGACUAAACUGAUCCAGAAACAGUUUAAUCCAGUGACAAUCAUUGAAAACUUUAAUUUACAGUUAAAUGCGCUUACAGACCUAAUCCAUGUGGCCGAGUCGAAGGAAACGAGUUUCCACGAGUGCUCGGUGUAUCUGACAGACGCCUUUGAGACGCUCAGCUCGCUGGAAGAGUCGUUGAAGGCCAUUAUCUCAGACACGAUUCCGGAGAAGACCGAUUUGCUGCUCAAACAGCUGGACGUCGCGCUGGACGCCCUGACUCAACGCAGAGACCAGGCUAAAAAGUCGCACCUGGACUACAUCCAGGCAAUUCUCACGGACGAGAUCACCGCCAUCCAAAAUACCAUUAGCACUAUCAAGGGAGAGGAGCCCAAAGAACUCAAGGAGCCCAAGCCAAUACUGAAACCGUCUUUCAGUAAUUCCACCAUGCACUCGUUGUCGUCGUCGUCCCCGCUCCCGAUCAAGCCGGCCUACUCGUUGCCCAUUGCCUCCACGUCAGAUGUGACCGCAGGAACUAGUGGUCCCGAAAAAUACGUCCACGCAAAAACAGCCAUCCAAAACAGCAAGGGCGAGAAACGAGAUUGA